GAGAGCUAGGGAGGGGACGAGAAGAGGACUCAGGGAGUGCGAACCUGGGGCGCAGCUGUGGGGGUUUGGUGGGCCCGAGCUGGGUGGUGAAUAAAUUGGUCAUUUGGGAGAUUUUUUAAAGAGGAAGCUAGAGUUUCAGCGGGCAAGGCUGUUGCUUCUUCGCUUGCCCUAACUCUGUCUCCCCCACCCCCACCCCACAUUUCCAAGCCUUUCGCCCCACGUCUACUUCCAGGACUUCUGCCUGGCCUUGGGCCAAAGUCUCCUUAUCUUAUCUCUUAGAGAACUCUAAGACCCCUUCAGUGCACUAAGGCGCCGAAGGAAAGGCAUUUCCCGUCUUAAAACUGACUUCCUUCUCCUGACUUCCCUCCACGGUCACCCACACGAAAGAAAAGAUAAUGCAGAAGCGGGAAAGGGGAAAAACAGAGCGGACAUUUCCUGAAAAUUAUCCCUUCCUCAGGACCGAUGGCCUGAGCUAAUUUUUUUUAGCUACGAUUUUUUUUAAUUGUACUUCAGAUGAAGAUUUACAGAGUAAACUAGUUUCUCAUUAAAAAAUAUACAUACUGUUUUGUGACAUUGGUUGCCAACCCCACAACAUGUCAACACUGUCCUCUCCUCAACAUUGGCUCCCCCUUUAUCAGCUUUCCUGUCCCCUUCUGCCUUCUCCUUCUUGUGCCUGGGCUGGUGUGCCCAUUUUGUCUUGUUUGUUUUCUGGGCCUGUCUCAUCUUUGGCUGGAAACAGUGGUGGCAUAGUGGUUAAGAGCUACAACUGCUAACCAAAAGGUCAGCAGUUUAUCCACCAGGCGCUCCUUGGAAACUCUGUGGGGCACUUCUACUCUGUUCUAUAGGGUCGCUAUGAGCCAGAAUGGACUCAAUGGCAGUGGGUAGUCUUUGGCUGAAGGAUGAAUCUCACGAGUGAAUUCAUUGCUGAGCUAAAAGGGUGUCCGGUGGCCAUACUCUCAAGGUUUCUCCAGUAAGUCUGGUGUUUGUGUGUGUGUGUUAGAAUUUUGUGACGGGAUCACAAAAGAGGGUCCCAGACAGAGGUGGUGGUAGCUGGGCGCCAUCUAGUUGUGCUGGACUCAGUCUGGUGGAGGCUGUGGUAGUUGUGGUAGUCUUUUAGACUAAUCUUUCCCUUUUGUCUUUGGUUUUCUUCAUUCUCCCUUGCUCCAAAUUGGGUGAGACCAGUGGAGUAUCUUAGGUGGCCACUCACAAGCUUUUAAGGCCCCAGACGCUACUCACCAAAGCAGGAGGUAGAACAUUUUCUUUAUGAACUACGUUAUGCCAAUUGAGCUAGAUGUUCCCCAAGACCAUGGUCCCCAGCCCUCACCCCAGUAAUUUGGUUCCAGCCUGGGCUUAUUUCUGUAGCCUCUCUCAGCACAGCCAACUUGCCAUUCUUAUCAUGCCCAAAGGGUUCUCUCCAACCUCAGCUCUCAAUCUCCACCUCUCCAACACAUGGGCUUUCUUACUGUUCCUUGAAAGUACCAAGGUAUUAUCACUUCAGGAUCUUCACUGUUUCCUCAGCUUGGAUCCUCUUUUCCCAAAAACCUCUUCUAACCUUAGGGGAGGGGAGGGUACAAAGGAAAAUAAAGAAGGCGGCUCAGCGUAUUCUGAUAAUUCUUUUUGCAAAGGCAAAAAAGCCUUAUUGCCUGUUAUGGAUUGAAUUGUGUCCCAACAAAAUGUGUCAUAAAUUCUAACCCUUAUACCUGUGGUGAAGGAGCCCUGGUGGUGCAGUCGUUAAGCACUCGGCUGCUAGGCUGCUAACCAGUUAUAAGGUUGCUGGUUCGAACCCAACAGCCACUCUGCAGGAGGAACAUGUGACAAUCAGCUGACUUAAAGAUUUACAGCCUUGGAACCCUAUAGGGCAAUUCUACCCUGUCCUAUAGAGUUGCUGUUGGUAGGAAUUGCCUCAACAGCAAUCGGUUUGGUUUGGGUUUUGGAUACCUGUCUUUUAUAAUCUCAUUUGGGAAUGGGUUUUCUUUUUUAUGUUAAAGACGCAGUAUUAGUGUAGGGCAUGUCUUAAAUCAAUCUCUUUUGAGAUAUAAAAGAGGAAAUUAAGCAAGCAAGCACAAACAGAGGAAGAAGCAUGCCACGUGAUUGCCAAGGAACCUAAGAAUAAAAGCUGAAAAGAGACAAGGAACUUCCCCCAGAGCAGACAGAGAGCCCUCCCUGAGAGCUGGCACCCUGAAUUCAGACUUCCAGCCUCCUAAACUAUGAGAAAAUAAAUUCCUGUUUGUUAAAGCCACCCACUUGUGGUAUUUCUGUUAGAGCAGCACUAGAUAACUAAGACAUUGCCUGAAGAAAGGACGGUGACACCUCUGAUAUCACUCUGGAAAUGGAAGCUAGCAACUUCUUUAAGUAAAGAGGGAAUGUGAGGACUCAUUGAGGGAAAGGGCCUCUGAGAAAGGAAUUAUAUAGUGCUCUAAGAUCAGGAGGGAAGUGAAAUGUGGUGCUGGAGUCCCACCAGGUAAUAAUAAUAAUCAUUGCUACUCCAAGCUCUUAAUUAAAAAAAAAAAAAUUACUAUUAGAGGCAAUACUAGAUUAUUCAAGGAAAUAUAUAUGGUAUAGUUUGUCUGUGGCAAAUUAUGCUCUCAAGACUGGUAAUUAGUAACGUUAACAUGUAAUCAUGAUCUGGGAGUCAGGACACCUGGACUUAGGUCCUAGCUCUAUUUUAAUUCGAUAUGUGAGCUUCGGUAAGUCAUUUUCCCACUCUGAUGCUUAAUCAAUCAGAGAAAAGCGGGAAAUUAGACAAGCAGAUGGUAGCAGAGAUUCCUUCCAAUUCUAGCACUAGCUGAAGCUGACUCUUUUUCCAUUUAAUCAUCUCUGCACAUGCCCAAACAUUUAAUUACCUUCUUGCUCUAGGGAAGAGCUAAGCAAGGACAGCUCUGCUUUCCUUAGAGUUCUGCAUCAAUCUAGGAAGCCUGCUUUGUCUUUUUGUUACUUGAGCAGGAUUCAGGCAGAAGAUGAGCAGGAAAGACAGGCUUGAGAAAUUUGAGAAAGUCCUAGAAAGGCAGCUUGGUAUGAUGUGAAGAACAAGGGCUCAGACAUUCAAAUCUUGAGAAAAUUAACUUCUCUCUACCAACUCUGAGUCCCUAUGAGGAUUAUGAGUAAUGUGAAAAUUGCUGACAUAUAAUAAUUACUCAGUAAAUGUUAGAUCCUGUUCCUGUCUUUACCCUCAGCCCAUUCAAAUCUUUGCAAGAAUUAAUACCAGUUUAAAUUCUGGAUUGACACUCCAACUUUCCUGCUUUACCCACGCAGCUACCCUUUACCUGGGGUACUACUGGAGAGGCAGACAGAUGAAAAUCAUACCUACAUCCAUACAGCUGCAUAAUUUUAUUUGAAGUGAAUUCCUGGACCAUUAGACACUAGAAUGAGGCAAAACAAACAAACAAACAAAACCCUGAGUUUUGGUGUUACUACUUGUCUUACCUGUUCCUUGGGAACUCUAUGGGGCAGUUCCACUCUGUCCUGUAGGGUCGCUAUGAGCUGGAAUCAACUCGAGGGCAACAGGUUACUUGUCUUAGUUAUCUAGUGCUGCUAUAAUAGAAAUGCCACAAAUGGAUGGCUUUAAGAAACAAAAAUUUAUUUUCUCAUAGUUUAGGAGGCUAGAAGUCUGAAUUUAGGGUGCUGGCUGUAGCGAAGGGCUUUCUCUCUAUCGCCUCUGGAGGAAUCCUUGUCUCUUUCGAACUUCUGCUCCUGGGUGAUCUUCAUGUGACUUGGCAUCCCUCUUCUCCAUCUUUGCUUGCUCACUUGCUUGUUUAAUCUUUUUUAUAUCUCAAAAGAGAUUGACUUAAAAUACACCUUAAACUAAUACAGUCUCAUUUACAUAACAAAGAAAACCCAUUCUCUAACGGGAUUUUAACUAUAGGUACAUAGGGGUUAUCUACAACACUUGUUUUUUUGGGGGGACACAAUUCAAUCCAUAACACUACUUUCUUGUCAUUGAUCCCUCUGUGUCUCAUUGUUGGUAAUAUGGGUGAAGUAUUACUAGCCCCAUCUGCCUCAGAGCUGUUGUAGAUUAAUUGAGGGAACAAUGUUUAGGAAAUAUUUUGUGAACUAUACAAAUAAGGGACCUAUAGUGUUGGUAAUCAGACGCAAACGAUAAGGCAAAGGGCUUAAAAAAAAAAAAAAAAACUUCUGCAGUUUCCCAGACCCUGUCCCUCUGUUGAGGAGCCCUGGUGGUGCAAUGAUUAUGCAUUCAGCCGAAAGGUCAGCAGUUCCAACCCACUAGCAGCUCUUGCGGGAGAAAGAUGUGGCAGUCAGCUUCCAUAAAGAUCACAGCCUUGGAACCCCUGUGGGACAGUUCUACUGUGUCCUAUGGGGUCGCUAUAGGGUCGCUGUGAGUCGGCAUGGGCUCGAUGGCAACGGGUAUGGUUGUUUUUUUCUUUGGUCCCUCUGUAACCGCUGUUCUUUAUCAAUAGCAUAAUGAUGCACAGAUUACGGACUCAGGCAUCCAGCGAUUGCGCAAUUUUCCGCCUGCUGAGCCAACACUCUGUCACGUAAUAUGGGUCAACUGAUUAUUUACUCCCCGCCUAGGUAACCUUGACUUUGCAGUCACGUGCUAAGCGAAACCAAACCCGGCCUCUCCUACCCACAUUCUCGGAACUUUCCCCUAACUUCCUUAGAACUUUUUUUUCGACUCUAGCCCCGCCCCUUGGUCCCGUGAAACCCAAUCCCCGCCUGACAAAUAAGUACUCCCCCCGUAUUUGCCUGGCUUUUUCUCUGACGGUCUAUUCCGACCAGUUGGGGCGGAGCCUGCCUUGGGCCGGUAAUUCCAUUGGUUCGAUACUCUGCCCCUCAAAACCUUCUGGGAGGACAGAAAGGAAGCCUCCUCCGUAAAUCUUGGACAAAUGUCUUGGUUCUCCCGUUUUGUUUUCAGCCCUGUUGUGCUCUCUCACUUAUAAAAGCGAUGCCCAAAGAACAGAUACUCAGGCGUCUUGUGCUCCAGCCACAGCCAUUUCUACCCUUCCCUGUAAGAAAAAUUAAAAAAAAAUUUUUUCCACCAAACCCUCAAGAAGAUUUAAUAUUGCUGCGAGAAACUGAGGCAGAAAGGGCGUGGCUACCUAUGUUUUCCUUAAAUAUGGUUUGUGGACUUUCAGCCCCUUAAUCCCCUGCUCCCAGAUACAGCGCCUCUUCCGCAGCUCCUGGCUAGGUGCAACCCACUUUCCUGGCGUAAGGCUGGGGGCGGAGUUUGGCAGGGCAGGUCCAGGAUGCGAGAUCCUGGAGGGAAGAAAAGGUGUAGUGUUUGGGGCCGUCAGCGGGCUAGGCUGCCUUGGCCGGGCUGGGCUUCUUCAGAACAGGUAAUACCCAAGGGGGCCCAUUUGUCUGAACCAGAGAGAUAAGGCCAGAGGCGAAAUCUCCAGGUGACAGAAGGAUGAGCCUCGGAAACUCUGACUUGUUGGACGUGUGGCUAGAACCCCCAGAAGAUGUCUUCUCGACAGGAUCCUUCCAGGAGCUAGGACUCCCCUGUCCCCCUCCAGAGGUCUCAGUGACUAGGCAACAAGAACAAGGGCUGCAAGGCUGGACGUCCAGUGGGGGCCAUGGUUGUGGUCUUCAAGAGAGUGAGCCUGAAGACUUCCUGAAGCUUUUCAUUGAUCCCAAUGAGGUGUACUGCUCAGAAGCAUCUCCUGGCAGUGAUAGUGGCAUCUCAGAGGACCCUGGCCGUCCAGACAGUCCCCCUGUCCCCAGUUCCCCUGCCCUCUAUGAGGUUGUCUAUGAGGCAGGGGCCCUGGAGAGCAUGCAGGGGGAAGCUGGACCAGCUGUAGGGCUCAUUUCCAUUCAGCUAGAUCAGUGGAGCCCUCCAUUUAUGAUGCCUGAUGCCUGCAUGGUCAGCGAGCUGCCCCUUGAUGCUCAUGCCCACAUCCUGCCCAGAGCAGGCACCAUAGCCCCAGGGCCUCCUGCAAUCCUGCUUCCAAGUCAAACCUUGUUUCUGACAGAUGAAGAGAAGCAUCUGCUGGGGCAGGAAGGGGUCUCCCUGCCCUCUCACCUGCCCCUCACCAAGGCAGAGGAAAAAGUCCUGAAAAAGGUCAGAAGGAAAAUCCGUAAUAAGCAGUCGGCUCAGGACAGUCGGCGGAGGAAGAAAGAGUACAUCGACGGGCUAGAGAACAGGGUGGCUACCUGUUCUGCACAGAACCAGGAACUACAGACAAAAGUGCAGGAGCUGGAAAGGCACAACAUCUCCCUGGUGGCUCAGCUUCGCCAGCUCCAGACACUCAUUGCUCAAACUUCCAACAAAGCUGCCCAGACCAGCACCUGUGUUCUGAUCCUUCUUUUUUCCCUGGCUCUCAUUAUCCUGCCCAGCCUCAGCCCCUUUCAGGGUCUACCAGAAGCUGGGCCUGAGGAUUACCAGCCUCAUGGAGUGGUUUCCAGAAAUAUCCUGACCCACAAGGACAUGCCAGAAAAUCUGGAGACCCUAUUGGUAGAGUCCAGACUGAGGGGGCCACCUGUGGCCAAGGGUGCAAAUGACUCAGCAAGGACAUGGCUUGAGAAGAUGGGAGGAAAGACAGGUGCCAGCAGGCUCCUCAGAUCUGUGCUGCAUGCAGAUGAGAUGUGAGCUGGAGCAGGAACCACCCUCCUUCCUGGCCCACUUCCCGAUCACCAAAAGGACUCCAGGGCUCCUCUACAGUUCUGCCUCCUCCUGGGAUUCCUACUCAGAGGUCUUUGCACUGAGGGGUUUGAAUCACUUCAGGACUGUCUACGUGAGGAGGGCACGUCAAAUACUAUUAUUAUGUAUCUGUGAUUUUAUUUCUUUUGGGGGGAGAGGGUUGAGGGAUAACUGAAGUUUUAGCUGAGAAAUAAACUUUUUAGCUGAAA